CACAUGUGCGUGAACGAGGCCAGCGAUCGGCUGGGAGCGGAUUCUCGAGACCGUCUUACCGCGUGUCGGUCGGGCUUUCAGCUAAUUUUUCCCCGAUUGUUUCUUAUCUUCCACUGCUUUUCCGUAUAACUCUGGACCUCGAGUAAAGGAAUUCGAAUAAGGCUGCUCAAGGUGAAAAUGUAUAAGGCAAGGACGGUAUUCAGUGCGCUGGCCCCCUUGGCUCCGCGCAUAUGCGGGCCCGAAAGAUACGCAUCCUGGGUGGUCCGCAGUCAUCCAUUGACCAGGACCAGCCAAGUGAUUUUUAUCGAGCCCGCGCGCAAGUACAACAGCCGGGCGGCAACCGAGCCCUUCUUGAAUGGCAGCUCCAGCUCUUACGUGGAAGAGAUGUACAACGCGUGGCUGCAAGAUCCGAACAGCGUGCAUAUAUCAUGGGAUUCCUUCUUUCGAAACAGCACCGCUGGAGCUUCCCCAGGAUUCGCGUAUCAGGCACCACCAUCCCUCGCUCCAAGUUACAAUCAGGUACCACUCGGAGCGUUGUUGCCCCUGAGUGGCGGGACGCAACUCGGCCAGGCGCCCGUUAACGAAAAAAUUAUUGACGACCAUCUAGCGGUGCAAGCUAUUAUUCGUUCUUAUCAGAUUCGUGGCCAUCAUAUCGCUAAAUUGGAUCCACUCGGCAUCAACAGCGCUGAUCUUGAUGAUAGACAUCCGCAAGAAUUACUCUAUACCCAUUAUUCAUUCGGAAAGAGACCACGCACUACUUUCUCGCAGGAACUCCAAUACCGAGUAGCUGUCCUAAUGAAAAAGGAGUCGGAUAUGGAUCGUGUUUUCAAAUUGCCAUCCACCACGUUUAUCGGUGGCAAGGAGAAAUCGUUGCCGUUACGUGAGAUCUUGAAACGGCUUGAGGCCGCUUACUGCGGUCACAUCGGUGUCGAGUUCAUGUUCAUCAACUCCUUGGAGCAAUGCAAUUGGAUCAGGCAAAAAAUGGAAACACCCGGAAUCAUGGAAGUGACGAAUGACGAGAAGAGGCUCAUUUUAGCCAGAUUGACACGCGCAACUGGAUUCGAGGCAUUCUUGGCGCGCAAAUGGUCUUCAGAGAAGAGAUUCGGUUUGGAGGGUUGCGAAAUUUUGAUUCCGGCUAUGAAACAAGUGAUCGAUAAGUCCACGGAACUGGGAGUCGAGUCGAUUGUUAUGGGUAUGCCUCACCGUGGUCGUCUUAAUGUUCUCGCUAAUGUCUGUCGUAAGCCGCUGAGUCAAAUUUUCACACAGUUUGCUGCUCUCGAAGCCGCUGACGAUGGUUCCGGCGAUGUGAAAUAUCACUUGGGCACGUAUAUAGAACGUCUUAAUCGGGUGACGAACAAAAACAUUCGUCUCGCCGUAGUUGCAAAUCCAUCGCAUUUGGAGGCCUGUGAUCCGGUGGUUCAAGGCAAAACACGCGCCGAGCAAUUUUACCGUGGCGACGGUGAAGGCAAAAAAGUUAUGUCUAUUCUUCUUCACGGAGAUGCUGCGUUCUGCGGUCAAGGCAUUGUGUUCGAAACAAUGCAUCUGUCUGACCUACCCGACUACACCACUCACGGUACUAUCCAUAUUGUUGUGAAUAAUCAGAUCGGUUUUACUACCGACCCGAGGCAUUCACGAUCGUCGCCGUACUGCACUGAUGUUGCCCGAGUGGUAAACGCACCUAUCUUCCACGUGAAUUCCGACGAUCCCGAAGCAGUGAUGCACGUGUGCAAGGUAGCAGCAGAAUGGAGAGCCACUUUCCACAAGGACGUCGUAAUUGAUUUAGUCUCCUACAGGCGCAACGGUCACAAUGAGAUUGACGAGCCGAUGUUUACACAGCCUCUGAUGUACCGUAAGAUCAGGAACACUCUGUCAGCUCUCGACAAAUAUGCCAACACACUGAUAGAAAAUAAUGUUGUUACUCCUGAAGAAGUUAAGGAUGUCAAAGCCAAAUACGAGAAGAUCUGCGAGGAGGCAUAUAACAACGCCAGGCAGGAAACACAUAUUAAGUACAAAGAUUGGUUGGAUUCACCAUGGUCCGGUUUCUUCGAGGGAAAAGAUCCGUUGAAGGUUUCGCCCACUGGUAUCAAGGAAGAUACGCUUGUACAUAUUGGCAAGAAAUUUUCGUCGCCGCCGCCAAAUGCCGCUGAGUUUAUAAUUCACAAGGGUAUCGAGCGUAUUUUGAAGUCUCGCAUGGAAAUGAUUGAGGCUAGAACCGUUGACUGGGCUCUUGGCGAAGCAAUGGCUUUUGGAUCUCUCCUGAAGGAAGGUAUUCACGUUCGUUUGUCAGGCCAGGAUGUGGAGAGAGGCACAUUCUCUCACAGGCAUCACGUGCUGCAUCAUCAAACUGUUGAUAAGGCAACUUAUAGACCACUCUGCUACUUGUAUCCUGAUCAAGCACCUUACACAGUAUGCAACAGUUCCUUGUCUGAAUUUGGUGUCCUCGGGUUUGAGCUGGGUUACUCAAUGACGAAUCCUAAUGCGUUGGUAUGUUGGGAAGCUCAGUUCGGAGACUUCAACAAUACGGCUCAAUGUAUAAUUGAUCAGUUCAUCAGCAGCGGUCAAGCCAAAUGGGUUAGACAAUCCGGACUUGUUAUGUUACAACCACACGGUCUUGAAGGAAUGGGUCCCGAGCACUCCAGUGCUCGUCUGGAGCGUUUCCUUCAGAUGUCCGCCGAUGAUCCGGAUUAUUUCCCACCAGAAAGUGAGGAAUUUGCUGUUCGUCAGCUGCACGAUAGCAACUGGAUCGUCGCCAACUGCAGCACGCCGGCUAAUUACUUCCACAUUCUACGAAGGCAAAUCGCGCUACCGUUCAGAAAACCAUUGAUCUUGAUGACACCGAAGUCGCUACUUCGUCAUCCGGAGGCUAAAUCUAAUUUCGACAUGAUGCUAGAAGACACGCAGUUCCUCAGAGUGAUACCCGAGGAAGGUGUAGCGGCUCAAAAUCCUAACGGUGUCAAGAAAUUACUGUUUUGCUCUGGAAAGGUCUAUUAUGAUCUGAAAAAAGCACGCGCGGAACAAAAGCUGGACGACAAAAUCGCGAUCGCGAGAUUGGAACAGAUCUCGCCCUUCCCGUAUGACCUUGUCAAAAAUGAAGCUGCUAAGUAUCCCAAUGCGGAAUUGGUAUGGUCUCAGGAGGAACAUAAGAAUCAAGGUGCAUGGACUUAUGUGCAGCCUAGAUUCCAUACGGCGCUUAAUGGCACCCGAAACGUAGUUAGCUCAGAUACGAGUGGUCAAGGGUGGUUGGCCGGUUUGUUCUCUUCACCCAAACCGACCAAAACCACAACUGUGUCAGAGCCGCAGUCAACGGAAUCUACUGAACCAAAGCAAAGAACAGUGAGGUACGCUGGACGUCCCACUGCAUCAUCACCCGCCACUGGCAGCAAAAUGCAACACCUCAAGGAACUCAAAGAGCUACUCGAUGACUCCCUCAGCUUUUAAUGAUCCUUUAUAGUACCAUGUGUAGAACUGAAAGUUUAUUUAUUUUUCUCAUGUCUUAAUGUAUUCAUUACUACAAUUUUGUGUCCUGCUCGACAUACACCACAGAACAGAGAUUACACCGUAGUCAUUUAAACGAUUUCUUUGUAUUGACGAUUUCUACAUUUAAGUUCGUACACGCGCACGAAUGUUUUACGCUCAUCCAUUCGGAAGUAGUAAUCUUUAUUUUCUCCUUGUUUAUUAUUUAUUUCUUUUUUCUCCAUUGACGCAUGUGUACACAUGUACACAGUUUGCUUGCAAAAUACAAGCUGAACUGUGAUAGUUUUCAAUUAAUAUUUAUUGAAUAUCGAUUACUAAUUUACGAUUUUUCAACUAUAGCUAAACUCAUGCUACGAUUAAUUGCUCAUCUAUAUGUGUAUUUCAUUCUUUGAUUUAUGUUUGGAUGUGAAUUUUAUGCGUUUCCUCUUAAUUGUCGAUGCGGUUUUACGUGUCUGAAUGAUAUGCUUAAUGCGUACGAUGGGUUCAGUAGAAAUUUAGAUGUGUAUCAGUUUUACAGAUGUAUAUAUAUAUAUAUAUAUAUAUAUAUAUAUAUAUAUAUAUAUAUAUAUAUGCGUAUGUAUAUAUAUUUAAACGAACAUAAAAAAGAAACUUGCUAGUCCAUUGAUUUACGUGAAUGUGAAACACUCGUGCGCCUUGUCCUCUGUACUUCAACCUGUUUGUACUUUAUUCUGAAUUAAUUUCGUGAAGUCGAUAAAGGAAAAGUAUUAUUAAUUUAUGCAAUGUUACGCAGCGCGUACAUUUUAACGUGUAACAGUCCUGUAGUACACUUUGAGCCGAAGAAACUGUCCAUGGCAAAGGGCUACCGAGUACAUACAUGGCCAAUUUUUUUUCUAAUUUAUUUAUGCGCCAUGAGACGGUUGCCAAUCACUUUAAUUUUUUAUCGUCGCUGUUUUUAUAAAAAAUUAAAUGGAUUGGCUGAUUAUGCGAACGCGCUCUUGACGCGCGAAAGCAGCGAGACGUAGCACUAAUCCCUCGAGCUCUGUGUCUCGUCUUGGUCUCGGUUGUACUGACACGAUAUCAAGUAAUAAAAAUGCAUCCAAAUUCGGAUUCUCUCAUCCGAUCUCGGUUUGAACUUUGAAGCGUAUCACGAUCGAGACCCUAGUGCUACCCCAUGGGCAGUGUCAACGGAUACAGCUCAGUAAAGAGUGUUGAGAGUAGAAAACAAAUUAGUGUUAUAUCUAAUAAUGUCUAGGAAUUAAUUUUAAUGAUAAUUUAGUCGGGAAGAAACCGUGGCUCACGUGGGCCGCACGCGUAGCGAAGGUGCGUAGUAUUUAAUAUUCUUCUAGUUGUACCGUUUAAAAGAUGGGACGCGCGAACGAAGAAAUUUAUUUUGAAAAGCUAUACCGUUGCAGCAUCUUUACGUUGAUCGGAAGAGAGCAAUGUAUCGUAAUGUGUUUUGUAUUGUCAGAAUGAGAGUUUACAGUCGGUGAUGAGAAAGCAAUCUUGUUAUUUUGCUUGAUGCGUAUGAAACGAUUAGUUGUGUAAUAUCUCUAUCGAUUCAGCACGAUAUUAAUAUUAGACAUUUCAACAAAAGCCACACAGUACCUACCGUUCUACUUGUUCCUAUCUGUUAUAUUAUCGUGUGCGUAUUUAUAGCAGUAAUACUGACACACGUGUGCUUAAAAAAAAUUUGUUGUCAAACAAAUAAUGUCUGACGCUUACAAAUUUCACUUAGCAAAUAUCCUUGAUAUUACACCCGAUAUUGUAGUAUCUUAUUGCUGGUUGAAUUAAAUUGUCUCAUCGUCUCA